AUGAGGAGGAGGCCUGGGAUCGCUGGCUUGCAGAAUGCGGCGGCUACUCGCGACCAAUUCCGGCUGGUCGGGGAGAAUGUGGCCAAGGUGAGGACUGAUGUCAUGAAGGAGCAGCUUGCGACGUUCCGGUCACAGCUCGAGGAAUUUGCUCGCAAGCAUAAGAGCGACAUCCGUAAAAACCCAGUAUUUAGACAGCAGUUCCAUGAGAUGUGCGCAAAAGUUGGAGUAGAUCCACUGGCAUCUAAUAAAGGAGUCUGGGCAGAACUUCUAGGGAUUGGUGACUUCUACUAUGAACUUGGAGUUCAGAUAGUUGAUAUAUGCAUUGCAACCAGAUCGCAUAAUGGUGGCCUGAUUGAUUUAUUGGAUCUCCGCAAACUGCUUGGUCAGAAGAGAAAAGCUACCCUUGAAUCAUUAUCUGAAGAUGACUGUUUACGUGCUAUAAGCAAGCUAAAAGUCCUUGGCAGUGGUUUUGAAGUAAUUUCUGUUGGGAGGAGGAAGCUUGUGCGUUCAGUUCCUACCGAAUUAAAUAAAGACCACAGUGGGAUACUUGGGCUAGCUCAGGCUGAGGGCUAUGUCACGGUAGAACAAGUCGAAAGAGAAUUCUCAUGGUCUACUGGGCGUGCAAUUGAUGCCCUUGAAACUUUGCUGAAGGAGGGGCUUGCUAUGAUCGACGAUGGCCAUAGGGACGGCAAGCGAAGAUAUUGGUUCCCAUGCGUCACUGUCACCUCCGACACAGUAGCUGCGUUAUUCCACCUCUCGCUCCGCCGCCUCCACCGCUACCGCCUCCCCUGGGGCCAUCACCUGCCCCCCUCCCGCCGCACCCUCCACUACGCGCACGGGUACCUCGUCACCGCCACCACCGCGUCCUCCCACUACCUCCCGAGGCUCCUGCUCCACCUCUUCUCCGGCGAGCAGCUCCGCCUCCCCAAGGUCCCCGCGCCGUUCACCCGCGUCAUCAUCUCCGACAACCUGGCCGCCGUCCUCUUCCUGCCCGGCAGGCCCAACGUCCAGCACUGCCACCCUGGGGACGCGCUCUGGCGCGUGGCCACCGCGGACGCGCCCCACGUUGUUGACGAUAUGCUCUUCGUCGAUGGCACCCUCUACGCCCUGGUAAAUGGCCUCCGUCUUGCCACAGUCGAACUGUCUGAUAGUUUGCUGGAACUGUCGUUUCUAGGAGAGGAGGUGGAUGACGACAGCAAGCCGGCGGGAGGACAGUUCACGCUCGGAGAGUGCGGGGGUGAUGUGUUGCUCAUCAGUCAGGAUCACACGGAGAUGAUGUUGUACCAUGUUUAUCGGUGGGUGUUUGAGGUUGGGAAGUGGGUUUCAAUCACGAGCUUAGGCGGGCGGACACUGUUUCUUGGUUUCUUCGGAUUUGCAGCCUGUAUUGGUCCAGAUUACCCAGGAAUCCGAGGGGCUUGCUUAUAUGCAGCUGGGCCGCGCUUGGGUGAAUGGCAUGAGUACUCCUUGGCUGAUGGAACUUGCGAUGUUCGCUAUGCUGAUUAUCCAGGUGCACCACCCCUGAACAACAAUUCACCUAUCAGACCUCCAGUCUGGGUCUUCCCCAGCCUGUGUUGA